GGGGUCUUCGCCUAUGUGCUCAACUACUACCGCACCGGCAAGCUGCAUUGCCCCGCCGACGUCUGCGGGCCGCUCUUCGAGGAGGAGCUGGCCUUCUGGGGCAUCGACGAGACCGACGUGGAGCCCUGCUGCUGGAUGACCUACCGCCAGCACCGCGACGCCGAGGAGGCCCUCGACAUCUUCGAGGCGCCUGACCUGCUGACGGGCGAGCCGCCCCCCGACGGCGACGACGACGACCUGGCCGCCAAGAGGCUGGGCAUCGAGGACGUGGGGGCGACCGCCGAGGGCAAGGGCGGGCGCUGGAGGCGGCUGCAGCCCCGCGUCUGGGCGCUCUUCGAGGACCCCUACUCCUCGCGGGCCGCCAGGUUCAUCGCCUUUGCCUCUUUAUUCUUCAUCCUAGUUUCAAUCACAACCUUUUGUCUGGAAACGCAUGAAGCUUUCAAUACUAUUAUAAACAAAACUGAGCAGGUCAUCAACGGGACAGAAACUGUGCUACAGUAUGAAAUUGAGACAGAUCCUGCCCUGACGUAUGUGGAAGGAGUCUGCGUGGUAUGGUUUACAUUUGAAUUUUUAGUACGUGUUGUUUUUUCCCCCAACAAACUUGAAUUCAUCAAAAACCUCUUGAAUAUCAUUGACUUUGUGGCCAUCCUGCCCUUUUACCUAGAAGUGGGCCUGAGCGGGCUCUCCUCCAAAGCUGCUAAAGACGUGCUUGGUUUCCUCAGGGUGGUAAGGUUCGUGAGGAUCCUGCGAAUCUUCAAACUCACCCGGCACUUUGUGGGACUCAGGGUGCUGGGCCACACUCUGCGAGCUAGCACCAAUGAAUUUUUGCUGCUGAUAAUAUUCCUGGCACUUGGUGUUUUGAUAUUUGCCACCAUGAUCUACUACGCAGAGCGGGUGGGAGCCCAGCCUAAUGACCCAUCAGCAAGUGAGCACACACAGUUCAAAAAUAUCCCUAUCGGCUUCUGGUGGGCUGUAGUCACCAUGACCACCCUGGGAUAUGGGGAUAUGUAUCCACGAACCUGGUCAGGCAUGCUGGUGGGAGCCCUGUGUGCACUGGCGGGGGUGCUCACCAUUGCCAUGCCCGUGCCUGUGAUAGUUAACAAUUUUGGGAUGUACUACUCCCUGGCCAUGGCAAAGCAGAAACUGCCGAGGAAGCGGAAGAAGCACAUCCCUCCUGCUCCUCAAGCCAGCUCUCCCACCUUCUGCAAGACAGACUUGAAUAUGGCCUGCAAUAGCACACAGGGUGACAUCUGCCUGGGCAAGGACAACCAGCUGAUGGAGCACAACAGAUCAUCAGUGUUAUCAGGUGAAGACAGUGCAGGAAGUGAGCAGCCACUCUCACCUGGUGAAAGGCUCCCUCCCAUCAGACGCUCUAGUACAAGAGACAAAAACAGAAGAGGGGGAACAUGUUUCCUACUGACGACAGGUGAUUACACGUGUGCUACUGAUGGAGGGAUCAGGAAAGAUAACUGCAAAGAGGUUGUCAUUACUGGUUACACGCAAGCAGAAGCCAGAUCUCUUUCUUAAUGGCUUGGGGAAGGCACAAAACAUGCAAGAAAGUGUUGUACAGAAUUUGUCAUGGAUUUUUGACUGCUGAAAAAGGGACAAUGGAAUUUAGCCAUACCAAGGACUGUACUGGAAAGAGACUGCUGCUGCUGAAUGGGCCCUGAUAAACAACUCACGCCUUGAGGAGGUCACUGAGACUUUACAUGCAAAGUAGAGCUUGUUAAAGAAGAUUAAAGACUGAUCAUAAUUACUGCUGCCAGAGGAAGGGGUGACUAGUCACUGUUGAUGAGUCAGCUGUAAAUAAAAUGUGUGUGCAUGGAAUAUCAGUUUUUAUCUAUAUCAAGGAAAGCUGAAUUCAAGUCAUCAUUGCUAAGGCUCCAUGCAAAGACCCACACCCCUGUGUGUAUUAUUCCUGGUUCCUGCAGUAAGUUGUGCUGUGGAUCAUACAAAGACACACACUUAAUAAUGAUAGUGAUGUAGACUACAUCUGUCUUGACUUCUGUCAUAAUAAUGGUAUAUUUUGCAAAGGUCACAAAUAUGAACAGAAUAGGUUUGCAUAAGUCCUUGCUUUCUCAGUUUGCCAUGACCUAUAUUUGUAUGAAUUCUAGCAUACAUGCCAAGUCUUAAGUUUACUUUUCACUUUGAU